AUUAUAGAAUUUCUGGUCCAGCCAGUUUAACUUCAUUCUCAAUCUUCCCAAAUUUCGCUAAACUCCACCUUUUGUGCAGAUCUCCUGUAUAUAGGAGUGUCGUAUUACUACCCCGCUGAUUCUUGGUGAGACUUCAUUCGGGGAAGCGUUGGCACGUUUGUCUGCUUGCUUCUAAAGGUGUAACAUCGCUGUGUGAAUAAGGAGCUGAGAUGGUUUACAGACUCACGCUGACAAUCGUGUUGCAGACCCUGGCUCUGCUCUUCAUAGUGCCCGCCUGCGAGGCCUCUUCCCUGGGCCUCACGGUCCAUGUGGAGCCCAUGCAGAGUGAUGGAGGACAGUCGGUGCGAGCUUAUUUCACCGCCAUUGCAUCCAAUCCGUGCCCCCCAUUGACUGGAGUGUGUACUGAAGGGGUCAAUUGCACCCUUUACAAAGCCUACGAGCCCUUCAGUGGCUCCAAACCAGGCUCGGGUUGGUGUGUCCGCCAGUGGCAGCAAGUGGUCCCUAGUAAAUACAAUGGAACCCUCACUUUAAACUCCACCACCAUUUUUUAUGUGUCAAUGGAUGCGGGGCCACAUGUACGUGCAAACUCCGGGAAACUCAAUUACCCUCCUUAUGUCGCGCUGCCUCCUCCUCUAAGGGCCCACGCCAACUGCCCUCACCACAUCCCCCUGUCCGUGAGAGACCUGGAUGGAGACAAGGUGCGAUGCCGCUUCGCUAUGGAAGAGCAAGGGGAGUGUGUCAACUGUUCUUGGCACUCUUUUAUAGAACUGCAACAGGAUGCAUGUACAUUGACGUUCACUGGAAAUGCACCAGCUGGGCAUUAUUCCAUCUACCUGAUGGCAGAGGACCACAUUCCUACCCCCAAAAUAUGCCAAACCGGCACUAGCCAACCCCUCAGCUCCGUCCCUGUGCACCUGUCCCUCACUGUGGAGGCGGCGUCGAGCAGCUGCACAGAUGAAGCUGUGGCGACAGGGAAGACCCCCAAAGAGCACUACACCUUUCCUGUCCUGCCAUUCGAAGAGGUGAAAUUUGGUGCUGACUUCAUGUCAAAAAAAGAAAGCGUUUCUGAGAUCGCUGUUGUUGGCCAACCUGGGCUCUUCAAGUACGACUUCGCUUCAGCUGGCGCCGAGUCGCACGUGUCCAUGUCGUGGGUUCGUUCUGAGAACGAGCUGACCCAUGUUCUGCCGGUCUGCUUUGUCGCCAACACCAUGAGUUUGCAGUCAGAGCCCAGAUGCGUGUGGCUGUACCAAAGAGAAACAAAGACACUGCCGACAGGAACAGAGCUGAGGUGUAAUAAGACGGAGAUGACACUGGUCCUUCCUCUUGCCUCACUGAGCAACAUCAACCUGGCGGAGCUGCAGCUGAACAGUGCAUCUUGUCCUGUCAGCUACAAUGACACUCACCUCACCGCGCGCAUCUCCUUGAACGGCUGCGGCACCAAAACUGUGCAAGCUGGCACCGAGCUGGUUUACACCAACACCUUGAAAAGCGUGCGUUCCUUUACCAUGAUCAGCCGCCACCCUUCCCUCAUCCUCCCACUGGCCUGCCGCAUCCCGUCAGUCAAAGCCAGUGGUCCAGUCUUCAACGUCACCGUUCCCGUUGAGUCCUUUGAUGACGUUGACAUUCGGCUGGAGUUCCACUUCCCAGGAGAGGGGCCCCUGUCAAGGUUCACAGGGACAGCGCAGAUCCAGUCCGUACCACUUUUGCGGUCGAAAUCGGCACUAAGGUAUCAAGGCGGUUCAGGCAACGGCGAAGUACGUGGUUCAGGCAACGGCGAAGUACGUGGUUCAGGCAACGACGAAGUACGUGGUUCAGGCAACGGCGAAGUACGUGGUUCAGGCAACGCCGAAGUACGUGGUUCAGGCGUCGGCGAAGUACGUGGUUCAGGCGACAGCGAAGUACGUGGUUCAGGCGACAGCGAAGUAAUUGGUUCAGGCGACAGCGAAGAGGGGUCCACGAUUGACAAACUGGACCUCCAUUUGUUCGCCAACACGACUGUGGAUCGAGUUCAAAUGAUCAUCAAAAGCUGCCUGACGUCCGAGACAGCAGACUUUGCUGCAUCCAGCGUCAUUUUGCAGGAAGGAUGUGCAGCUUCCAACACAACAGUGGAGAUCAUUACAGACCUGAGCAAUGUUACCAUCUAUCGCAUUGAUUUGCCCACCCUGAACACACAGGGAUCAACGAUGUACGUCCGCUGUGUUGUCCAGCUGUGUGUCACCUUCCUCCCCUCUCAGAAGUGCCCUGCAGGGUGCGGAGAGUCCCAGGUAGAGAGAGAGGUGCCCAACGCGAUAACCAGGACCGUCACCGUCAAUUCAGGACCUCAGCUCCAAAGCAGGCCUCUUCCAUGGCGUUGGCGCUGAUCCUCACCACCACCGGCAUAUUUCUUCAGCACAUCUUUAUUCGCUAAAGAAUCUGACCGACCAGGACAGUUUUAUUCAUCCUAUGCUCUCUAAUUACACUUUAAGUAUUUCUUGUUGCUAUCGAAUGAAGGCAAAUACGCCUGAAACAUACCAGUGGAUGAUUUCAAUUGGAUUUAUAGUAAAUACGCAUGCAUGGGCAUCUCAACAAAUUAAAAUACCUUUGAAAAGUGCAAUAAUCUAUAACAGUGGUUCUGAAACGCGACCCCAAAAGGGACAAGCGGUAGGAAAUGGAUGGAUGGAAGUACUACCAUAAUGACCAACAAUAGAAUACAGUAGCGUAGUAGGCCUAAAUAUUCAUUAAAAAAACAAGGCAAUGAUAUUAUUUAACAUGUAUAUUUAAUAUAUUUGGCCACUUUAACACUACACAGUUUGAACAGAAAUACUGUUUGAGAAUCACUUAUCUAUAAUAUUUCAGGAAUAUUUUGUUAAAUCAUAUUGGUUAUUUGUCAGAUUUUACUUCCUGAGCCCUUUAAUUAGUUUGACUUAAACUCCUGAAAUGAAUAAAUAAACCUCUGCACAAUAUUCUAAUUUAUUGACAUGCACCUGUAUCGGACUAGAUGGUGCUACACUGUAUAACUCUUGUCUGUGCUUAUACGGUAUGGAGCCUACACAAGGACACUUGAAGAUUAGUAGUGGAGUGGGUAUGUAGAAAUCACAUUAAAUGAUAAUUUUACAUGAUAUUUGGGAGAUAUGUUUGAUAUUUUUGGUCAUGCCUGUUGUUCUCAUGACGUAUUCAUGUCUGCACUAUCUCCAUUUUGCAGUUAAACUGAGAAGGUGUAUUUAAAAUAAGUUGUGGUAUUUUGUUUCCCGGCUGUGUUUGCGCUAUAAUAAUGCAUCAUCACUGUAACAUGUAUAUUAAUAAACCACUUUUUGCAACCACA